GGAGCCCAGUGACACAGCUAGGAAGUUGUUCUUUCUUGAUUUGGUUUCUGCUUCCUCUGGAGAAACUGCUUCAAUAUCAAGUGGAGACUUAGUGCUGGCAAUGUGCAGUAUGAGCCCUGGACUGUAUAGUGUUUUCAGGCAUCCGCUUGGUCCUCUCCCUGCAUGUCUAUCUGGAUCUCCUGAGUAUUGCCGUGCUGUUAUGGUUGCUGCAUCACUGACUUGGCUGAUGGAACUGAGAACAGGCUUAAAAAUGCAGAGGAGCCACAAUAAGUUGUGAAUGGAAGGAUCUUUAAUGAGCACCUGGGAGGAUAAAAUCUGAAUUUGGAUUGAUCUUAAGGUGAAGAAUUAGGAUCAAGCAACCAAUGUAGCCUGCAAGGGUCUGCAUGCUGAACAUGUGAAACAAAAACCAGUCCAGUCUCAAAUGGAGUGUGCUCACCCAAUAUUGUCUCGCAGUGAAAACUCCGUGUCCUUGGAGCAGCUACUUCACAACUUCACAAAAGUUUCAUCAACAUACUCAAUAUUACAGAAAUAACAAUCAAAAGAACAAGUUGAGUCUACUUUGAGAGUUGUUGCUGUCUUCUAUUUUCCUAUUUUGAGGUGGCCUGUGCAUGGAGUUCUGAGGUCCGUAUCCCAUAGUGCUGCAGAAGGGUUCUCGUGGCUCCUCUCAUAGCCUGUGCAGUCUGCAGACGAUGGAUUGAUUUGAGCUUGCCUUCCUUCAGCUGGCUGACAAGGCCGUUCAGCUCUGAGUCCGUGGGAUCUGCCAGGUUAUGGCAUUGUCUUGAGGAAGAGCUGCUGCCAGUUUCUUGUUACCUCUCUGUUUUCCCUGCUGCAAGCUAACUAGAAGCCUGAUCUUCAAGAGAAGGUGUCCCUGAGCCCUCUGAGGAGCACCCACUGCCCCACAGCCGCCCCGCCGGCACAGCACUGCAUUGCACUGCACAGCACUGCACUGCACUGCACAGCGCUCCUGCAAACCACUGCCCGGCUUCGCUCCCUGGGGACAGCGCUGCACAGCCGCCACCUUCACCGAAGUUCCCAAAGAUGUGACUGUUAGGGAGGGAGACGAUAUCGAGAUGCCUUGCGCUUUCCGAGCCAGCGGAUCCACCUCUUAUUCCUUGGAAAUCCAGUGGUGGUACCUCAAGGAACCGGCCCGAGAACUCGCACACGAACUGGCCGUCAGCAUCCCUGGCGGCAGGAGCAAGGUGGCGAACAAAGACGCGACGAAGAUCAGCACGGUCCGCGUGCAGGGCAACGACAUCUCGCACCGGCUGCGGCUGUCGGGCGUGCGGCGGCAGGACGAGGGCGUCUACGAGUGCCGCGUGGCGGACUACAGCGACGACGAGACGCAGGAGCACAAGGCCCAGGCGCUGCUGCGCGUCCUGUCCCGCUUCGCGCCGCCCGACGUGCAGGCGGCCGAGGCGGUGUCCCACAUCCAGAGCGGGGCGGCCCCCCGCCGCCACGGCCUCGCCGGCAGAGCCACGCCGCCGCCCGGCCCCGGGCCCGGAAAGCGCCCGCCGCCGCCCCCCGGAGAGCGGGGACCCUCCGCCGCCGCCACCGCCUCGGCCUCGCCGCCGCCCGGACAGGGGCAGGGCCGGGGGCGGGCCGCCAUCCUGCAGCAGCAGCACGGCUCAGGCACAGGACCUAUUUAUGCUACAGAUCCACUCCUAUACGUGUUCCUGUUAAUACUGCAUAAGCUUGUACAUUUAUUAGUAAACCACUGAUGGACUGCUUCCUCCACUACUCCUCAGCCAAACAAAAGGAACCUAUUUAAGAACAGGACAAGCCCCUGACAAAACAUGGCCCACGGUUGGAAGGAUGGACAGAAAGAGACUGAAAGAAGCAUGAUAAAUUCUACACGAGGGGAAAAACAUACUUUUGGGGAAUGUCACAGAAGGUAAACCACAAAAAAUAAUGCAUCUAGUUUCCAGACUGUAUGGUGUGAGGCCCUGCUCUGUGCACGGCACCUAUGGCUUCUCUACUUCAAUGUAAUAUUUUUCUUUUCUAAACCUCUCCUCCGACUCUUCAGACUCCUCAUUUUGCACGAACUGUUGAGCAGUUAUCUUGAUGACAGUGUGUGAAGAUGCUGGGUCAGAACCCUUCCUAAGAAAGGAAAUAUUUUUAGUAGAUUGUGUUUUAGUUUUUCUGAAUUUCCUUUUUCUUUUUUUUUUCUGUUUUUUUUUUUUUUAAUUAAAUUAUUUCUUUUGGAGACAUUUUAAUUGAGAAGGUACAUCUUACCAUAAUUAAUAGGCACUGUCAAUAAUAUUUAUUUUUAAAUGAAGAUUGGAAACAAGGUAAGACAUUUGUUUAUAAACUGUAUUGUAUAUUGCUGAAUAACAGUUGAAUAAAAAGAUUUUGAAAUAAA